AUAGCGCGUCGUAUCCUCGUUAAAGACGCGCAUAUCUUUAGGGACAGAUAUCUCUCCGGCGGCAAGAGGGACCCUGUUGGCUCUAUGAAUCUUUUUACCAUGAAGAGCCCGCUGUGGUCGACGGUGCGCCGGCGCCUGACGCCCGUGUUCACGUCCGCCAAGCUGCGCAGCCAACAGCGGCAAUUCAUUGACAAGACUCAACAACUCAUACAAAGGAUCAAAAUGGACAUGGACAGAGAUAAUAAAGUCAACUUAAGAAUGGUGUAUUCUGACUACACGACGGACGUGGUGGGUCAGACGUCGUUCGGUGUGGUGAGCGAGGCGACGCUGUCGGGGCGCGGCGCGCUGCGGGCGGUCACACUCGACUUCAUGAAGUUCAGUUGGUGGCGCGGACUCUGCUGGGCUGGGAUAUUCUUCUAUCCCGACUUUAAUGACAUUUUCGGGUUCACAUUCUUCCCGAAGGCGACGACUGAGUACUUCAUCAAGAUGUACCGGCAGAUCCUGGAGCAACGCGGGGGGUCUACCAUUGUUAUACUUCCAGAAAUAAGUGACGAGGUGCUGGUGGCGCAGGCAGCCAUCUUCUUGCAGGGAGGCUUCGAUACUACGGCCUCCGCUCUCGCCUUCAUCACGUACGAGCUGGCGCAUCUGCCAGAUAUCCAGGACAAGUUGUACGAUGAAAUGAUAGAGAUAAAACGAAACAGCGGUGACGCGGAGCUCGAUAUAGAGCAGCUGCAGGCCGCUAAAUAUCUAGAUUGUGUUAUUAAAGAGGGCCUGAGGAAGUAUCCGCCUAUGGGUUGGCUGGACAGAGUGGCGGGGGUAGACUAUGAAGUGGACGAGACGUUAACCAUCCCCGCAGGCACCCCCAUCUACGUGAACGCCAUCGGCAUGCACUACAACCCCCAGCACUACCCCGACCCCCUAAAGUUCGACCCUGAUCGUUUCCUGAAAGAGAACGACAAUGACAUUAAAUCCUUAACUUAUAUCCCAUUCGGUGAAGGGCCCAGGAUGUGUAUCGGUCGUAGAUUCGCGAUGCAGAACAUGGCUCACACACUAUCCAACAUAGUCCUCAAUUACAAGAUCCUGCCGACCCCCCGCGGCCCGCCGCACACCGACAUACCCAUAGAGAAGAAAGGUUUAUUCCUUUUCCCAGGAGAAAAUCUGUUCUUGCAAUUCGUACCCAGAAAUGUUUGAAAUAAUUUUUAAUGGCGCAAUGAAUUUUUUGUACUAAAUCUACAUUUGAAAGAGUCCUUA